CACACCCUUCUCUCUCUCUCAGAUCCCUAAACCCUCAAACCCAAAAUCAUCCAACGAAGAUGGAUCUUUCAGACAUAGCCAAGAAGCUCGACCUCUCCGACUCCAAGCAAGUCGUCCGCAGAGCCGCCGAGCUCCGCCGUCUCUGCGACAUCCAGUUCGACUCCUCCGUUAUCGGCGUCGGAGAGGUGUGCAAGGCCGUGAUCUGCUUAGAAAUAGCCGCAACAAGGUCGGGGAUUUUGUUUGAUCGGCAAAAGGCCAUAAAGUUGAGUGGGAUGUCGGAAAAAGCUUACACCAGAUCCUUUAAUUCCUUGCAGAACGGCCUCGGCGUCAAGAACAAACUGGAUGUUAGAGAACUUGCGAUUCAGUUUGGGUGUGUUAGGAUCAUUCCCUUUGUGCAAAAGGGUUUAUCCCUUUACAAAACUCGGUUUCUUUCAUCAUUGUUGCCUUCUCGGCGGGCAGGUGCUGACUUCACUCGACCUGUGUUUGUUGCUGUUGCAUUUUAUUUGUGCGCAAAGAAACACAAGCUAAAGGUAGACAAGAUUAAGUUGAUUGAGCUCAGUGGUACUUCUGAAGCUGAAUUCUCUUCUGUUUCUGUUUCCAUGAAGGACUUGUGCUUCGAUGUUUAUGGGACUGAAAAGGAAAAGAAAGAUCCCAAGGAGGUUAAGGGGAACCGAGAACUUUUAGAUGUUUUGCCAGAGAAAAGGAAACUUGAGGAUGGUGGUUAUUCAUCUGAUGAAGGAUCUGAGCCUUCAUGCUAUAAGAAGCGCAAAACAAUAGACAAGCAGGCCUAUGAGGGUUGGAAGAAAACUGUCAUUGCAUCCAAUAAACAAACCAAGGCAAAAGUUCUUUGCAAGCGGACCACACAAACUGGCCUAAGCAGCUUUCUUAAGAAAGCACCUGAUACCCAGAAGUUGGGUGCUACUUAGGACACUUGUUUCUCUUAUUUUUUCAAAAGAUGCUGGGCAUAUUUUGCUGGAACAGCAAAUGUGAAAAAGAAAGAAAAUAGAACAAAUUUUGAAUCCCCACGGUUGGCUAUUGCAACUGAGAGUGUAUAGAACUGAAAUUUCAUCUUUCAUUUUGGGUGAGGAGAUUAAACUCUCCCGGCCCAAUUGUACCGGUCAUCGUGGUAAUUUAGUAAAAGCUCAAAUAAAGAGUAAACCCUCGAGUUAACUUAAGUGGCUAGGAAGGGUUGAGAAUUGAGUUAGGAUUAUGAUAGAUUAGGAGUUCGAUUCCUUUCUAAUGUAACUAAAAGAAAAAAAAAUGAGUUGAAUGGUUGAUGGGUUAGUAAUGUAGUUUAGUUUGUCAUCUAAAUUUGAUUUUCACUUAAUUUUAAAAGAGUCGGUAUUCUCAGUGUUAGUGGAGUUUGGUUG